CGGAUGUUUUAAAACCCGUCUGAGCUGUGUGAGCACGUCACAGCCUCCCAGCGACAUUCAGCUCCACCAUGUCCAACGAAGACCUCGUCUCGCUGGAUUAUGAAGUUUUUGGCAGAGUUCAGGGUGUAUUUUUCCGGAAAUACACUCAAGCAGAGGGGAAGAAGCUUGGCCUGGUUGGAUGGGUCCAAAACACAGACUCAGGAACAGUUCAGGGGCAGCUCCAAGGGCCACGCAGCAAGGUGAAAGAAAUGCAAGAGUGGUUGAAAUCCACUGGGAGCCCCAAGUCCCGCAUAAGCAAGGCGGAGUUCAAGAACAAAAAGACAGUUCAGAGCCUAGAACACUCAUCUUUUAGCAUAGUAAAAUAAAACCACCCAUUUGUUUGUGACUCUAGUAUUAACCUUAAAGCAGAUGUUUUAUUUAUUUAGUCUUUUUACUGGC